UGGAUGUUUUUAGGUGACGCUAGUUGACGCGUAUGCAUUGGCGAAGUGGCAACCAAUCGAAGAUUGUUAUGGAUGAAAUUGAAUUUUUCUGAAGAAUAUGAAUGGCUAUUUUUCAAGAAUUAGAUAUUGAUUCAGGGACAUAAAUGGAAUUUGGGGCAAAAGAUUUUAAUAUGUAAAUAUAUUAAUGAAAUCAUAUAAUGAAAAAAAUGGGAGAUCUUCAAUGUACAGUUGAAUUUUGUAUUGAGCUUCAAAAAUUUAUUAAUGUAGAUCUUUUUCAACGAGGAUAUUAUCAGAUCCGUACAUCUUUGAGAUCAUCUCCUAAAUUACCUGCUAAAAUUGAAGUUACUUUGCCUCGAAAUUCAUCUUGUUCACUUACAUUUCCUGCCUGUNAAAUUUUUGUUCUAUUUUAUUUAUAUUCAAAUCAAAUUAAGGUGUUACAUUUUUUUGAUUUACAUAUGCUGAGUGAGUGUUUUAUAAAAUAGGUUCGAGAAAUUUUACAUAAAGCUGAUUUCCAGCUUAUGGUUGAAUUAUGGUUUACUGAUCAAAAUUUUGGUCCUGAUCAGCAUAACUCCAUCCAGUGUGUCAGUACACGUAUUUUGCAUUUGCACUUUGAUCCAUCAAGAGGUCUUCAUCAUCAUAUACCUGUAUUCUUUGAUUAUUUUCAUCUCUGUGCUGUUACAAUCACUAUACACUCUACUGUUUUGGCUUUAUGCCAGCCUUAUCUCAGUUUACAACGGUCUUCAAGACAGUCUCUGGGAGGUGGUAGUCCUCGUUUAUCUAAUAAAAAACCACAUCGUUCAAGUUUAGAAACUGUAUUAUUUGGAAAUCAGUCAUUGCAGGGUUGUACUCCUCAAGUUGGACGAAUUAUGCCUUCUACUGGAAGAUUAAAUCGUGCUCGUCUAAUACAUUGGGAAUUAUGUAGCCUAUUACUUUCUGCUUAUACAAGUCUUCAAAAGCGAUUAAGUGAAUAUUUGAAAUUACUUCCACCAUGGCAACAAAUUAAAAUAGAAUCUCUUGAUUGUUCAGAUCAUUUAGAAAAUCUCAGUGAAUUUGCAAAGCAUUGUCAUAAACAUCUGAAAACCACUAAUAGUUUACCACCUUCUAAAGAUUACAUGAUGGCUCCUCCACAGGGAGCAAAUACAGAAGAAGAUUUCUUAAUAUUAGCAAAUAGUGAUAUAGCAUUGUUAUGUGGUGCUCUUAUUGUAUUAUGGCAAAAGUUUUUACAAUUUGUUGUUGGACAAGAAAAAGUUCGUCAUCAUUUAGCUAGACAGCGUCAUGUUCAAAGAGUGAAACGUUUUGCUGAAGCCUUCUUUAUUAUUGAAAGAACAAGGGAAUCUGCUUUCACACCAUGUGAAAAUAGUACUGAUUUUUAUCAGCGAGUGACUGAAGCAGCUAGAAGAUCUCAGUAUUUAACUUUAUUGCCACCUUUAGAAGUAGAAUGUAUUGAUUUAGAUGGUGAUCAUAAUUCAUUACCUAUUAUAUAUGAAGAACGAUAUGAAGAAAUAACUAGGAGGACAUCUAGGAACAGUCGGGGUUCACAAUCAACAAUUAGUUUAUGUGAUGUAAGUUUUCUCGUCGAAGAAUCUCCUGAUGAAGAAGCUGAUUUAGAAAGAAGAAAUUCUCAAGGAUUAGAUAUACAAAAGACAAAACUUUCUGAUAAUCCAAAGUUGUCUACUAGUCCAACAGUUUUAUCUUGGAUUUCUGAGUCAGCUUCCAUGAAUACAAAAUUUCAAUCUGCAUCUACCAGAAAAAUAUCAUUAAAAGAAAAAUUUUUAAAUAAUUUUAAAGUUGACUUUGAUUCUGACAGUGAAGAAUAUAAUGUUCCUACUGGUACAUUGAGAACCAAUCACAAAUUAGCUAUGUGUUCUAAAAUAAAAUUAAAAUCCAGAACAGCUAAUUUUCUUCGACAGUUAAAGAAACCUCAUAGUAAUUUUAAUAAUUCUGUAGUUUUGCUUGGUUUCAAAAAAUUAGAUUCUGCUCGUAAUAUUUCUGCUGUAAUGACAAAAUCUUCAAGAUCAAAAAUUCCUCUUGAAAAUGGAAUUAGGCAUUCUCAGAGUACAUUAUCAAUGGUAGGAUCGUUAAGUAAUGACAAUGAUAGAUCUUUAUCAAAUAGUGAAUCUCUACCUGAUUUAACAACAAAUUUUAUACCUCCGCCACCGCCACCACCUCGAGCAAGAUUUGCAAGUUCAGAAUUAGAUUGGCCAUCUUCUGAUUUUAUACUCUCAGAUGUUCCUCAAAGUCCAGCUUUUGAUCCUCCUAUUAGAAAAAAUAGUAGGAGAAGACAUUCUGUUUCACUUUUGCCUCGAUUUAGAGGGACCAAUAAUAAUUCCAGGACAUUCUCUAAAGAAGAUUCUUCAAUUAGACACUAUUCCCAUACUUCUGAUACUAGUUUAAUUAAAUCAGAAAGUUUAACUAAAUUUCUUUGUGAAAAUGAACAAUAUUCAAAAGAUAUUAGUGAUGAUGUUUUUAAUUAUAAUAAUGCAAAAAAUUCUGAUUCGGUUAAUCACAGUUAUCAAAAUGGAAGUACAGAAUUAGUUGACAAAGUUGAUGAAAAAUCUGAACAAAUUAUAGGAAAAUGUGCUGUUAAUGGUAAAGAAUUAGAAAGAAUAAGUAGUUCUGUAAAAAGUGAAGAACAAACUGAUUUUCACAUCUAUGAAGAAAUUUGUCCUCCGUCUCCUCCUGUUCAGUUCAGAGAUCCUCCAAAAAAUGAAUCUCUAUCAAAACAAGAUAACAAGUAUUCCAUAUUUAAUAUGUUAUCAAAUACAGAUAGCAUUGUAUCAAAUCCAACAACUUGUCUGUCAAGUUUAUCUUGUGAAGGUACAUUGUUUUUUCCUAAACCUCCAGCCCAAUUUGCAGCUGACAGUACAAAUGAAGAAGUUUCUCAAGACAAAGAAAAACCUACAGAGUGCACCAAUAAUUCUAAUUCAAGAAAUGAAAAUGAGAAAGAUGGCAGCCCGUGUCUUAAGACAAGUGAUUCAAAACAAUAUUCAUCUGAUGAUUUUACAAAUAAGCAGACUAAAAAAAUUGAUGAAAUAUCAUAUUUUGAAACUAAAUGUACAAUAUUAGAAAUGUUAACAGAUAUAUCAGAUAUUGAAGAUCCAUAUUGGUCUUACCAAUGGAAUGAUGCAACAGUGUUAUUUUCUGAUAACAAUCAGUCACAUUCAGGAAAUAGCCCUUUAGGAUUUUCUGAAGAAAAUACUGUUAGUUUAAGACGUGCAUCAGCCAUUGGUGCUGAUAUGAUCAGUUUUGUGAAAGCAAAAGAAGAAUUCAGGCAGCAAUUAGGAUAUUCGUGGUUUUGGUAUAGUGAUCUUCCUUCUGCUGCUUCCAUAGUGCCCUAUUUUCAAUGUGAUAAUGAUCUUCGGGCAUUUAGUCCUGAAGGUUUACAUCUAGUAAUUUGUGUUCAUGGUUUAGAUGGUAAUAGUGCAGAUUUAAGAUUAGUUAGAACCUAUUUGGAAUUAGGACUUCCAACUGUUAAUUUUGAGUUUCUUAUGUCGGAGCGUAAUCAGGGUGAAACUUUUGAUGACUUUGAAACAAUGACUGACAGAUUGGUAUCAGAAAUCACUUAUCACAUAGAAGUUUAUGGAUUGAAGCCAUCAAAAAUUAGUUUUAUUGGACAUUCACUUGGAAAUAUUAUAAUUCGUUCAGCUCUUGCAAGGCCAGAGAUGAAACCAUAUUUGAAUCAACUUCAUACUUUUCUGUCUUUAUCAGGUCCUCAUUUGGGUACACUCUAUAACAACAGUGGACUUGUAAAUAUGGGAAUGUGGUUUAUGCAAAAAUGGAAGAAAUCAGGAUCACUUUUACAAUUAGCUUUGAAAGAUACAAUAGAUGUGCGACAAUCGUUUCUUUAUAGAUUGAGUAAACAACCAGGGCUAGAAUACUUUCAGAAUGUUCUUCUAUUUGGAUCAUCCCAGGAUCGUUACGUUCCAUUACAUUCUGCUCGUAUUGAGUUAUGUAAAGCUGCUUUAAAAGACACUUCACCACAAGGUGUUGCUUAUCGAGAAAUGGUUGCAAAUCUUCUACAGCCAAUAAUUAGCAAACCCGAUAUUGUGUUCCUUCGUUACGACGUACAUCACGCACUUCCCAGCAGUGCAAAUUCACUCAUAGGUCGGGCGGCUCACAUAGCCGUCUUAGACUCUGAAUUAUUUAUCGAGAAAUUCAUGGUGGUGUGUGGACUCAAGUAUUUCUCGUAGAUCUCAGGAAACAUUAAAUUUUUUUAAACGAAAAGAUGGACAACAAUAGGUUAUUGUCGAUUAGAAAAUCUAAUUUCCACUUUGUGCGCAAUGAAUUUUUAUCACAUUUUGUUAAUUAUUGCCACAGCCUUUUUUAAAUAUUUGUCCAUUCAUCUUAGUGAUACCAAUAUUUUCUAUGUUUAUUAAUAACAAAAAUUUUUAAUUGAAAAUUGAAUGUUUAAAACCGUGCCAUUCCACCUCUAUUGUACAUAUUUUCAUCAAAUGUGCAUUUUUCCACAUUUCAGUCCAAGAAAAAAAAUAAAGAAAUGUGGUAACUGAUAUAGCCACAAGAAGUCUUUCAUUACAAUACAAUCAUGCAGCUCAGUUUGAAUCUUCUGGUUGUGGAUUGUAAUUUAUUUAUUACAAAAUGUAUAUUACUGUCCAUGUAUUUUAAUGUUCCUUAUCUGUCCAGAAAAAGUGAAAUGUGUAUACGAUGUUUUUUAGUAUCGAGUAUAGAGAGAGAGAGAUGUUAAAUUUACAAAAAUAAUUGUUUGUAUUAUAUCUGCUA